UAAACCAAACACUUCUCCUACAGAGAAUUAUGUCUUAUGGAUCUCUGGAAGAAAUCCGCGCUUGAACUGAGACGCACCAGAAACCAUUCCUUUCUUGAGGCGGUCUCACCUUUAAACCUCAAAUUUGUUCCAGCCUCUUGAACUCAAAACCCUAGACUGGAAGAAGAAAAAACCCUUGAAAAUGGUUGGAACGAACUUGAAAGCAGAGACGACGGCUCUAAUGGAGAAGAGGAGCUUAUUAGAGGAGCAAAUGAGCGCAAUUAUCUCUCGUCUCUGUGUUCCUGGAGGCCCUGGUCUCUCUGGAAAUCUCCUGGAUUCCGAGUUUGGACCAUAUGCAAAAUUUCUGAUUUCAAUGGUGGUCUUAAUAAAUAGGGAUUCCCACGAGCUGAUAUUGACAUUGCAGCUGUGCGUUUGGAACGCAAUAAUCUCGCUGCUUCUUCAUUCAACAAGACUAGCUCAAGAUAUAUCUUUGCCCCCAAAAGUAUCAGCUAUUGGUGGUGAAUCAAGUACUCAAGUACCGAAUGCUAUUGUUAUGGCUGAAUCUUCCCCUUUGCAUGGGCAAGGGACAUCUCAAGAAAACUUUUAUACUGCCAUGGAUGAGGAUCCUGUUGUUGGUGUGCCUUUUGCAAUUGUUGAUGAAAUUGCUGAUGGAUCGCCUGCUUCGGAUGAUGGACUUCAGCUUGGAGAUCAGAUUGUGAAAUUCAGUAAUGUGGAAGGUGGUGAGCAAUUACUUGCAAGACUUGCUUCUGAAGCUCAAUCAAACCAGGGUUGUGCUUUACCUUUGGUGAUAGUGAGACAGGGUAUGUUCAUCAAUUUGGCUGUAACACCAAGACCAUGGCAUGGUCGGGGCCUACUGGGAUGCCAUUUCCGAAUCUUAUGAUGGGUUCAAUUGCAAAAGCCAAUUUUAGUGAACUGUGCAAGGUGCAUUGUCAUUUGCUGGUCUAGUCAUGUAUUUGCUGGUGCAGUAUUUGGACUUCCAAGUCGGGAUUUUCGAGAGAUUUUUAUGUUCCCCAUAAUUUUACCCUCUUUUUGCAGUGGUUUAAUGCAUUGAAUACUAAAGCCAAAGGUUGUGUUUUUUUCCUUAAUGAAAUGAUUGGACGAAUAUUUGCUUGUUUUUUUCCUUAAUUUUAGAAGAUCCAGUCAUCAUGUGUAUUAAGUCUUGCAGUUAUUAGUUUUUUAUAGAAGGAAAAGUAAGGGAAUUUUAUUGUGUGCUU